AUGAAUGCGACGUCCGUUGCAUCAUCGAGCCAAAUGUUUUCCCCAUUCGGCCAGAAGACGCAAGGCUCGUCGCAGGCUUUCAAUCCUUUCGCUCCUCGGCAGGCCGGCGAAGGAGCAUCAUUUGGCCCUGAUGGUGCAGGCGGCUCUAAUGCAUUGAAGAACAAUAAACGAAAGCCUGGAUUUGCCACGGAUAGCGAUACUGAGAGGAAGUCGAAGCACAGCAACCCGUUUAAAGGCAAAGAUGGGAGCCUGAGCGACAGCGGAAAGCAAUGGAAGAAACGGGGCGAAAACGCAGACAAGAAGGCGGCCGAUUUCAAGAACACCAAGAAGCCGCGCAGUGAUGCAAAGGGGCUGCGGCCGCCGAAAACAAACCAUCGCGGCAACCGUGCGCAGCCUACCACGAGUGCUGAGGAAGACAACACGUCACGUCCAAGUUCGUCUUCUAGUGCAAGCUCUGUCGACGAAACACCCGAGGCUACAUCAAUGCGCACCGCCGACCCGUUCGCCAAGAAAGUAUACGAUCGACUCCGAAAAGAUGGCAUCAGCCCUCCGUCUUGGCCGUCCCAGCCAGGGGACCCCGCAAACAAGGCCGAGAUGGCCAAGUUUAGGGACAAGUACGAGGAGUAUCGCCAGAAAGUGCGCGCGUCUCUAACGAAAGCCGCCCUGAUCGACGAUCCCGAUAAAAGAAAAACGCUCCAGAAUGCUAUCGAUUUCCGAGGAAUCUGUGAAGAUAUGUGCCCUGAAUAUGAAAAGAUCACACGAAUCACCGAGGCCGACGUCCCCCAGCAUGAAAAAGAUACAAGGACAGGAUUUGCAAAGACAAGUAGGAUGGUGAAGAAGCUGGCGCGUUCAGCCGCCGGACAGGAAGCUCCUCUUCCUAUGGAUGUUCGCUCUUUCGCAGCCCUGCGACGAACAAUGGAUUACCUGAUCGACGACUUGCUUCAAGACGACGAGAACUUACCGACGUUGCACGGCUUUUUAUGGGACCGAACACGAGCUAUUCGACGAGAUUUCACCUUCUUCUCAUCGCCCACAGCCGACGACUUGAAAACCCAAACCUAUGUGCUGGAGAAUAUUGCUAGAUUCCACGUCACAGCCCUCCAUCUGUUGUCACAGCCAGGAAAAGCUGGUGAAGACUUUGUGGAACAACAGGAACUCGAGCAGCUCGGCAAAGCUUUACUUUCACUCCGGGAUCUCUACGACGAUUGCAAUGCUCAGGGAAUUACGUGCGAAAACGAGGCCGAAUUUCGCGCAUUUUAUCUCCUCUUCCAUGCUCACGACUCAAAUACCAUCGAGAUGCUGCAGCGACAGUGGAAGCCGCAAUUCUGGAGAGAUUCAGAUGACAUUAGGACCGCAGUAUCACUUGUUGAGGCUUUACAAAAUACUGACGACUUUCACGGCCCAUUAAGAGCAGCCCCAUCCUUGGCUGCAAGCAACGCUUUUCAUUCAUUUUUCCGAAUCGUGGAGGAUCCUAGUGUAUCAUAUACUAUGGCUUGUUUUGCCGAGUGCCAUUUCCCCCAACUUCGCCGAUCGAUUCUGCGUGCCGUAAAGCGAGCAUUGGCCAGGCCCAAGGAUCCAUCAAAUGACUUGACAGCUGCCUCUUUGAACAAGUUUCUACGAUUCGACACGGUUGAACAAGCUAUUGAGUUUGCGAAACUCCAUGGCAUCGACGUGGUUCCAGAUCCUCAGGCCCCUAUGGAUGUUGCGCAACAGCGUCUGGUAUUGACUAAUAGAGAACCGCUAUUACACCCCCGACUAACCCAUCAAUUCUCGCAAAAUCUCGUGGAAAAGAAGAGAGGAAGUCGACCACUACCGGAUGUUAUCCACACAACAAUCCGCGAGGAUUCAACUGCAUCUUCACAGUUAGGACCUGGCGGCUUCUUACAAAAUGAAGGAUCUCUUUUUGUACAAGAUUCAGCACCGACCCAGCCCCAAACGACGGUAACGCAACCUUCAACGGCUUUCCCUGCCUUCAACCAGAUUGCAUGUGGUCCUGGCACCAACUUGGCCACCGCAUCUCAAGCUUCAGAACAAACUCCCAGUGUAUUCGGCGCACCUGGAGGGCAAAAACCUGCUCCUUUUGCAAGCCCCUUUUCAUCGAUGUCGACACCAUUUGGCAACCCUUCGGCUUCGAGCUCUGUUCCACCUCCCUUCUCUACUACUAAUACACCUGCGACGACUAAUCCUUUUGCACCCGCUAUUACGACAAGCAAUGCGUUUGAGAUACCUGCGGCACCACCACCCCCACCGCCAUUUGGAGGAAAUACGGCUGUGAAUCCAUUUUCACAAGGUACAACAGCGCCUUCUACGAGUUCUCAGGACUCUCAGAAUACAAUAUCACCUCAACCGCAAACUCAGUCAUCUGGCUUCUUCUCAUCCUCUUCACCUACGGCUCCGAAUGGAAUUACCGCUACGCCAAAGAUAUCAUUUGGUUCGCUUGGGGAGUCAAAGCCCGCCUUGUCAGAGCCCUUUGCUUCCAACGUUCAGUCAUCAGAAGGAAGCAAGUUACCCAUGUUUCCUACAGCUACAGAUGUUGCACAGGGAUCUUCAAGCCAACCAAAGCCCAGUGUAUUUGAUUCUCCAACGCCGGCGCUUGCUCCGUCAAGUACGAACAAACCGGUGAUAUCUACAGGUAUACCGGGAUUCCCGGCCUUCUCUACUUCAACAGGGACAAGCAGCAGUAGCAUAUUACCCUCCGGUACAAACGCAAAGCCUUCAUUAACUGCGCAAGAGCCGCCCAAGUUCAUAAGCAACUCUACGCCACUGUCGUUUCCCCAGACAAGUGGAAGCUCAAGCAUUUCACCACCAAAUUUUCUUGGCACUCAAGUGGCCGCAGGAGGGGUGUUGAGCUCACCAUUUCCUGAUUCUUUGUUAGGAUCAGAGAACAAGCAGGCUGUUGAGCCAUCCGUCCAGUUACAGCCAAACACUUCGCAGCCAUCUUCAGCCGGCUUCCCGGAGUUCAAAUCCCGGACGACUAGUCACUUCGGAGACAGUGCUCUCAGCACUACCCCUACUUCAACGCCUCCGGCUUUAUUCUCUAAGCCUACUCUACCCCCUGCCCCCACCCCGGCACCCGCGAGCCCUCAACGAGAUCCGCUAGGCGACUUGACGAAGUGGUUUGUGAAUGGAGAUAAAGGGCUAAUGAAUGAGUUCGAGACUUUCAUGGUGGAAAGUAUAGUCCAGAAAGUCUUCAACAAGUUCCAAAAAGAUGAGGAAGAAAGGUUACGAAGAGAAAAAGAGGAGCGGGAUAAUGCGGAAGCUAAGAGAUUCCGGGUAUAUAAUCUUUCCUUGAAAUACUUUUACCGGUGGAAGAAAAAUGCCCGCGAGAAACGUCUAAGGCAGCUUCGCCGAAGCGGACGCGAGCAGUUCCGAGCAUUUCGCGAAGCUCAAAGAGCGGCGCAGAUCAGAGAAGAGCAGGAAACUGCCCAACGAAUCGCUACUCAAAAAGCCGAGUUGGCCGCUCUUAAUCGCCCAGAUGAGCUAGCAGCUGUAAUACGGAAUAACCAACGAAACAAGAGGAAGGCAGAAGAAGCCCUCCUCGCAUCCGGUGUCUUAUCUGGCGUCACAAACGAACGAAGAGCCGUUUCAGCAAUAUUCCGCAACGAAUAUAGACGGCUAUCGCCUACUCCAUCAAUGAAUGGGAGCCAAGGGAUGCGGUCUCGUUCUGGGUCAGUUGCUGGGUCCGCGAUGAGCAUCGAAGGCGGUUCAAAAACACGAGCUUUGCGCGAGAAGCUUAUGGGAGAAAGGCCGGGUCGAUUUCAACGUGCCCUGCCUUCUAUAUCAGGCGAUAGCUCUCCGCCAGAGAAAUCACGGACCAGCAAAGUAUCUGAGCGCUGGCGGUUGAAGGCCAUGGGUAUCGUGCAGAUGCCUGACGGGACUGCUUUGCCAGAGUCCAUGGCGGAUGAAAUUCGUCGCGGUUUCAAGAAGGAUACCAGCAGCAGGGCAAGUUCGUUAAUCCGACGAGCAUCAAUCACCAGCGCGGCGUCUGUGCGGCCGCAAAGUCCUCUGGCGUUCAAGUCUCUCGGUGAUCGCAACUUCUCGGAUAACGCGCUUACUAUGCACCAUAAAAGAAAACGAUCUAUGGAGAUUGACGACGAGAUAGCCAAAGAGGGCAUGGUGGAUGCAGACCCGCACAAAAGCGUCAUAAGUGACGCUGAUAUUCUAUUACAAGAACUUAGAGCAAUGCGCCAAGAGAUGGAGGAGGGCACGACGUGGUUCAAAUCACAAAACGGGAGGUUACAAAGUGAGAUAAUGAGCAGAGGAGGAACGCCAAUGGACGAAAGCGGUAUAUGA